AUGAAGCGUCGGCGUUUGGUGGGGAAGCAGCCAGCCCGCGCCAGUGCGCCGGAAGCAGUGGCGGGAAGUGAUGACAGCUUCGUUGCUGGGGCGGCUGAGACGGAAAGGACCACCGCGACAGCGGCCAACACAAAUGCUGAUCCACCGGAAGACGUCAAGAACCUGCAGUUUGAUUUGAAGCGUCGCUGGAAUGUGCUGGACAGUCGCGAGGACUGUCCCUUGCAAGACGACGGGGAACGGCGGGACAUGCUGGCGGAAAUGUCGAGGACCCUCAAGAGAGGCUCCAGCUCCUGGCAGAAUCCCUUUGGAGGGGACGACAAGGAGUACUUCUUGGAUUCCUUUUGCGAGCUGGCAAAGUACCAGCAGAAGGCCUUCUUCCGCAUUGCAUGCAGCUGUGCAUCCAAGGGAGGUGGAGAUAUGAUCGGGCUGAAUUUCGACGAGCAAGGCCCAGCCGUUUGGCAGUUCAACGCCAUCGGCCGGCAGAUGACUGACGAUGACCUGCGGCGAGUGCUUCUAACUCCUCCCGAGCCGCCCUUCUACGUAGACCCGCUGAGGGGAUCUGACGAGCAGAAAGGCUCCCAACUUGAGCCAUUGGCCUCCUGCGCCAAGGCGCAAGAGCUUGUUGCAGCCUACCAAGACCGGCAUCCCGAGGCUGAUCUCGAAGGCCAGCCUGUGGUGAAGGUGACUUGCAGACCUCCGACUUGCACCUUUCUGCGAUGCGCUGUGCAGGGCUGCCGGAACCAAGUGUGCAAGACGCAUGGUGAUGGCAAGGGCACCUGGGAAAACAACUGGGUUGACUUCGACUUCUCCUUCCGCGUUGUCAAGUGCGGGUGGGAAGGCUGCGAGGUUGCGUUUUGCAGCCGCCACGCGAGCAAGAUGGGAAGCUGCGAGGUCUGCACGCAUGGGACGCAAGCCGAGGCAGCGAUGAUAGGUGAAAGCUGUCCUCCCCUGGGCUUCUUCUUCUGCGACCGGCAUCUGACACGCUGCCGCAAGCGGUUGGACGCGCUCACAGAGGAUGAUGGCAGCGAAGUGGAUGAAGACGAGUCCGCCAGUGACGAGUGUGGGUUCUACUGCUGUCCUGCGUGCAUUGACAGCCACAGGUGUGGUGAUAACCCUCUAGACUACGUCUGA